UCUCAGUCAUCUUUCUUCUUCGCUAACUACAAACAAAGAAAACAAUAUGAUACCAACAUAGGAGAAAGGCUCAAGGAAGAAAGAUCUUCAUUCCUUCACAAGACUCCAGCCCAGAUGGCUCCUCUACGAAAGAAAAGUAUAGAUGAUUCUCAAAGCGGUGAACAUGACAAUACAACUGAAAACAAAGCAGGACGAGUUAUUUGGUCAAAAAACUCACUUCACGUCCUUUGUGAUCUUUGUAUUAAGCAUGUUGAAAAAAGUAAAGGAAAAAAUGGUGGAGUUGUAUCUCAAAGAUUGGUGUGGAAGAAAAUUGAGUUGGAUUUUCUAAAGGAGACUAAGUUACCAUGGGAUAAAAUGAAAUUGAAAAACAAGCUUGAUACGAUAAAAAAAUCAUGGAGCUUGUGGAAACAAUUGAAGGGAAAAGAAACAGGCUUGGGAUGGGAUCAUGUGAAAGGAACUAUAAGUGCUUCUAGUGAUUAGUGGGCCUUAAAAAUACAGGAAAAUGCUAAGUUUGAACAAUUUCAAGACGAAGGGAUUGAGCCUGAGCUUGAAUACAAAAUGGAUCAAAUCUUUGCUACUUCAGCCCAAGGAAAUCUAAAGUACACUCCAGGAAAUAUCAUCUCAGAAGAAGAUUUGCAUGUGGAUGCUGAUGAUGUUUAUAUUCCUUCCCUACCUACUGAUAUUCAUCAUGAUAUGGGUGCUGGAGAGGAAGAGAAUAACGACAGUGUACACGGUACAACUAAUGCAUCAUGGGAUGAUUUGUGGUGUGAGCUUAGCCCUACGUCUUCAUCUCCUUCCACGCAUAUCCCUCAGAUCUCACAAACUGGAAGAGAUGAUAUAAGGAAAGGUAAGAGGGCACUUGAAGGUGAUUCAUCACAAAGCAGUAAAAGUGCCAAAACAAAUCAAAAAAAGAAAACAGGGAUGGCGGCAUUUCAAGAAAUGUUUGGUGGCAUGAUGGAAGUGGUUUUGAAAAGGGGUGAAUCAAUCAAUGAAGUUACAAAUUUAAUGAAAGAUAUGAUUCAAGCCAAUUCAAGUAAGAACACAUCAGAAUACAGUCUUGGAGAAGCAAUGGCAAAACUGUGUUGCUUGGAUGGUCUAUCUACCACUUCUCCCGAGUUUUUCUUUGGUUGUUCAAUGUUUGAGGAUCCGCAACGACGAACAAUUUUCUUUUGUUUACCGGAUGACAAUAGUAGGGUGGAGUACAUCAAGUUUAUGUACAAUAAGUCAGGGAACUAAAUUUGUUUGGAUGUUUCUGAGCUUUUACCUUAGACAUUUA